AUGAAAGUUGAAGAGCUCAUAAUUGAUGGGUUUAAAUCGUAUGCCACCCGGACGGUGAUUUCUGGGUGGGAUCAUCAAUUUAACGCCAUCACGGGACUUAAUGGAUCAGGCAAAUCAAAUAUACUUGAUGCUAUAUGUUUUGUAUUGGGGAUCGCAUCAAUGACUACGGUAAGAGCAUCUAAUUUACAAGAUUUAAUAUAUAAAAGAGGUCAAGCAGGAGUCACUAAAGCAAGUGUAACUAUAGUAUUUAAUAAUUCUGAAAUUUCCAAAUCUCCUAUUGGAUUUGAAAAUUGUUUAACUAUAAGUGUUACAAGACAAGUUAUAUUAGGAGGUAGUUCAAAAUAUUUAAUUAAUGGUCAUAAAGCUCAACAACAAACUGUACUUAAUUUAUUUCAAUCAGUUCAAUUAAAUAUUAAUAAUCCUAAUUUUCUAAUUAUGCAGGGAAAGAUUACUAAAGUAUUAAAUAUGAAACCAGCAGAAAUCUUAUCAUUAAUUGAAGAAGCUGCUGGAACAAGAACUUUUGAAGAACGGAAAGAUAAAGCUCAAAAGACUAUGGCUAAGAAGGAAGCUAAAUUAAUUGAAAUUAGAGCGUUAUUAAAGGAAGAGAUCGAACCAAAAUUGGAUAAGUUAAGAAGUGAUAAGAGAAAUUUUGUAGAAUUUCAACAAAUUCAAAUUGAUCUUGAAAAAUUAUCAAGAAUAACUACGGCUCAUGAUUAUUUAAGUUUAUCACGAAAUUUUACUAAUCAUUCUAAUUUUUUAAAUGAAAGUCAAUCGAAAGUUAUCGAUUUAAAUAAUGAAAUGGGGAAGUUAGAACAAGAAAUUACUAAUUUAAAUGAAGAUUUAAAUCAAGUUAAGACUAGGCGAGAAAAGGAAUUAGAUAGUGAUGGGAAACUUAAAGCAUUAGAAGAAUCAGAAACAAACUUAUCUAAUGAAAUAGCUAGAUUAACUACAUCUAAAGAUAUUACUGAAGAUAAUAUAAAGGAUGAAAUAACUAAAAGGAAUAAACUUGAACAACAAAUUCAAGAGAUUCAAUCUUUAUUAGAUAAUAGUGCUGAUAUGUAUUCUGAUUUCGAAUCCAAAUUCAAUCAAUCCACUAAUGAAUUGAAUGAUUUGAAAGAAGAAUUUAAUAAAAAGGAAGAUUUAUUAUCUUCUUUAUCUACUGGGAUGUCAUCCAGUGGUGCUGUAAGUUCAGGUUAUACUUCACAAUUAAAUGAAGCUAAAGAAAAAUUGAAUUCUGGUAAAAAUUUCAUAAAGACUUCAACCAUGAAAAUUUCUCAUCUUGAAGCUCAAGUAAAGAGUGAUUCAAUUAAAUUACAAAAGGCCAAACAAGAAAAUGAAUCAUUAUUAAAAGAUAUCCAACAGUAUAAGAAUGAAAUAGCAUUAAAUGAAAUAAAAGUAGCUAAGAAAUUAGGAUUUAUGCCAAGUGUAAUGAGUAGAUUAAGAGAAGAAGAAUUAAAAUUAAGUAAAGAAUCUCAGAAAUUAAAUAAUGAACUUAAUUAUGUUAAACGAGAUGUGGGGAAUAAUAUAGAUUUUAAUUAUUCUAGACCUUCUCAACAAUUUAAUGAUAAUUCAGUUAGAGGUUUAGUAUCUCAAUUAUUUGAAUUACCUGAUAGUUCAUUUGAAAAGGCUUUAGCAUUACAAGUAUGUGCUGGUGGAAGACUUUAUAAUGUUGUAGUUGAUGAUUCAGAUACUGCAUCUCAAUUAUUAGAAAGAGGACAAUUAAAAAGAAGAGUUACUAUAAUUCCAUUAGAUAAAAUUAAUGCCCAUUCUAUUGAUGAUGGUAUCACUCAAUAUGCUAAGAAAUUAACUCCUAAUAAAGUUGAAUUGGCUAUAAAUUUAAUUAAUUUUGAUCAAGAAUUAUUAAAGGCCAUGGAAUAUAUCUUUGGAACAACCUUUAUUUGUAAUGAUCCAAAUACCGCUAAAACCAUAACUUUUGAUCCUAAAAUUAGAGCUAGAUCCAUCACUAUAGAAGGUGAUGUUUAUGAUCCCGAGGGGAAUCUUUCAGGAGGAUCUCGAAGAAAUGAUUCAUCCACAUUAAUUAAGAUUCAACAGUAUAAUAAGAUCUUUGGUAAACUUAAACAAGUUAAUAAAAGUCUUUAUGCUCUUAAAGAAGAAAUAGCAUAUAAACAAAGAUUACUUGAUAGUACUAAGGAAUUAAGUAAUGAAAUCUAUUUAAAGAAGCAUGAAUUAGAAUUAUUAGAAAAGAAAUUGAGUAGUAAUCCUUCAUCGAUGAUUUUAAAGCAGAAUGAAGCCAAUGAACUGGAGAUUCGUCAAUUAAAUGAACAAAUUAAGGAAGAAGAAGCUAAUUGUAUUAAGUACCAACAAGAAAUUCAAGCUAUUGAAAAGGAUAUUAAAGAGUUUAGUAAUGAUAAGGGAUCUAAGAUUAAGGAUUUAAAGAAAGAGGUGGAUCAAUUAAAGAAGUUGGUCAAUAAGAAACAAUUGGAAUUAGAUGAUCAAACUGAGAAGUAUCAAAGUUUACAAAUUGAAAAUGAACAACAAAAAUCAGAGUUGAUUAACAUUAAAGAGUCUAUAGCUAAUUUGAUACAAUCUAGUCAAGAAUUGGUUGAGAAAAGAAGUUCAAUUGAUAAUCAAAUUGAAGAACUAGGAGAUAAAUUGGCUGUAGUAAAAGUUGAAUUGGAAGAAGAAAGAGCUAAUUUGUUAGGAUUAGAUGAAGAGAUUAAUGAAUUAAACUUGAUGAUCAAAAGUAAAGCUGAUCUCAUUAAUGAGUAUAAGUUGCAAAUACAAAAAUUAACUCAUGAAUUAGAGAAAUCAGGUUCUAUAACCAAGAAUUUAAAGACACGAUUAGAUGCAUUAAUUAAAGAGAAUGAAUGGGUAACCGAUACUCAAGUAUUGAACAAUAUCAUUGAGACUAAUCCCAACAUUAAUUUGGAUGAAUCUCGAGAACAAUUGGGGGUAUUGGAAGAGAAAUUUACAAGUAUGAGACGGAAAGUUAAUCCUAAUAUUAUGAGUAUGAUUGAUAAUGUAGAGAAGAAAGAAUCAUCUUUAAAACAAAUGGUGAAAACCAUUGAACGUGAUAAGAAUAAGAUUGUCGGUACUAUUGAUAAGUUGAAUGGUUAUAAACGAGAUACAUUAAAUACAACUUAUCAAAAGGUAUCGAUGGACUUUGGACAAAUCUUUGCCGAUUUAUUACCAGGAUCAUAUGCUAAAUUAGUACCAGUAAAUAUUAUGGAUGUAACUCAAGGACUUGAAGUUAAGGUUAAAUUAGGAGAGGUAUGGAAGGAAAGUUUGGUUGAAUUAUCGGGAGGUCAAAGAUCAUUGAUUGCGUUAUCAUUAAUUAUGGCCUUAUUACAAUUUAAACCAGCGCCCAUGUAUAUUCUUGAUGAAGUUGAUGCAGCAUUAGAUUUAUCUCAUACUCAGAAUAUUGGACAUUUAAUUAAGACUCGAUUUAAGGGAUCUCAAUUUAUUGUUGUGUCAUUGAAAGAGGGAAUGUUUACUAAUGCUAAUCGAGUAUUUAGAACGAGAUUUCAAGAUGGUACAUCUGUUGUUUCUGUUAUGUAG